CCCCAUUCUUCUGCGCCCCAUUCUCCAUCAUCUCCAGCAGCGCAACGACGAGGGAGUAUCCAGGCCCUGCCUUUCUUCCCAGUCGAGCCACUGCCGGCCAUCUCCGACCCAGUCGCCGCCGUCCAAACUCCGGCUCAACCCGAUAUUCUCUGCCACGCUUUCCGUCGUCUCCUGCAGUGCAGCGACGAGAGUUGCAUUGGGAAACUUGCGGCGGCGGAUGAAGUGAACAAGUGGCUUGGAAAGCUGAGCGGGCAGGUCUACUGGAAGCCUCUUGGUCGGUGGAAGAGGCUUGCCGGCCUGAGGGCGGUGAGCACAAAGAUGGCUGGGCCGGUAAAGAACGUAUACAAGCGUGGGGAAGGUCGUUUCACAUUGUACCGCAAAUCUUGGUCUUACCGUAGACGGCGUCAUCACCGACGUUUGAUCCUUUCAGAUACACGUGAUCAGGGUCUAGACGCGACUUGCUUAUACAAUGCAAUUUGUGGUGUUAUGGAGGCAAAACUUUGUAUGCAAGGAAUUAUUGUAAAAUUAUCUGUUGAUCAUCUGGCGAUGAUGGCCAGUGACUGGAUUUCAUGUGCAUCUGGACCUCAGCAAAGAUGCCUGUCCACAGAGCUGCCUACAAUUCUUAACAAUUUGGCAUGUGUAGGAAUUUAUACAGAUGAUGAUUACAAAAUGGGCUGUGUCACUGGGACUAGGUACAAGAUCAGAAGUUAUGAGCAACUAAGCUGGUUCAAAUCUACUACACCAGGCGCAGUUCAUAAGCUUAGGGAAAGGGCUGGCAGUAAUUCAGAUCAGCUCAAAUUUUGUGUCAGAUUUCCUGUCGGGAAGAGUUUAUCGGUUUGAUAAAGCUAAGUGUUCUAAGGGUCGACAAAUUCCUACCCAUGCUGUUAUCUCUACAGGGUAUGCCAUUGAUAAUCUUUUACCAAUUUGGGAAAUGCAAAAUUCACAUGGAGAAGUUGGCGUCGAAAAAGGUUUUGGGUAUUUCGAUUUUGACAGUUUAGUAGGUCUAUAUUCAUUAAAUAUAGACGUUUGACCUCAUUCGCAUGUCAUUAGUACAUUAUGAGAAACAUGUCCAAAUUAAAGUAUUUGUUUUAAUUGUAUUGCUAUUUUUAUGGACAGUUAAAUUAAUUUUAGGUCCGCAGGAUUU